AUGUCGUCUAAAACUAGGUUAAAGAAGGAGCAAUCUUCAGAACAGCCGUCUCUGAUUCCAUCACUUCCCGAAGAGAUCAUCGUUGACAUCUUAGCGCGUGUAGGGAGAUGCCGCUAUCCAAAACUCUCCCUUGUUUCCAAGCACUUCCGAUCACUUGUUACCUCCCAUGAGCUAUACGAGAGGCGAUCACUGUUAGGAUGCACGGAACACUCUCUCUAUGUUGUCCUCUGUAACAAAGAAAACGAUAAUCACUAUUGUUAUGUUCUCUAUCGGAAAGCCAACGGUAAUCACAGCUUGGUCCUUAUCCCUUCGCUUCCCAAAAUGCCUCGCAAGGGAGGCUUUGUCGCGGUGGGGUCAAGGAUAUAUGUGUUUGGUGGGUUGAACUCUUACCGACAUAAGAAAAUUCAAACGAAUGCAAUAAGCAUUGACUGUAUAUCCCAAACGGUGCACCUCCUGCCUAGUAUGAAUGUAACCAUGUCUGUUUCAGUUGCUGACAUCAUUGACGGGAAAAUAUACGUAACUGGAUACCGCUGUAACAUGGCGGUGUUCAAUACAGAAACACAAAUGUGGGAGCCUAAGACAAUACCAGAGACAAUGAAUGGUUACAUGUGGGCUUGUGAUUGUGUGGUUAUGGCUGGCAAGAUGUACAUGAGGGAUCCUGUUAACAGCUUUGUUUUUGUUUACGAGUCAAAGGAAAUUAAAUGGGAAAUGGACAAGAUGCUGAAUAAGUUCGAGUGGAAGGAUGCGUGUGUCGUUGAUGACGUAUUGUAUUACUACGAUAGUGGUUGGAAGGUGCUGAGAGCUUAUGACCCAAAAGAGAGUAGUUGGGUAGUGGUGAAUGGUUUGGCAGAAUUGUUGGCUGAUGCGAGAUUUUCAGCCUGGUCUUACACUGGGAGUUACGGUGGGAAACUGGCUAUGUUUUAUUCGAAAAUAACAGGUAAAACAAAAGUUAUUCGGUGUGCGGAGAUUUCGCUAGAAAGACGUCGUCAAGGAAAGAAGAUUUGGGGUAAAGUUGAGUGGUGUGAUGAUGUUUUGGUUGGUGGUGAUUUUUACGUUAACAAAUCUCUAGAUGUUAUUGUUUGA